GCGCCUAAAAUCUGAAGGAGUACUCAGAAGUUUGUUUGUACGCUGCAAACAAUUUCUUGUUUUCAUUGAACAUGCCUAGUCUAGUUGAUUUGUGUGAAAAAUACUUUGGGCACAAAGACUUUUAUGAUGUUCUACGUAUACCGAAAAAUGCAAACGAAAAACAAAUUAGGAAAGCGUACCAUAGGCUGUCUCUGCUUGUGCAUCCUGAUAGAGUUGAAGAGCAAAAGAAGGCUGAAGCAACGGAGAAAUUUAAAGUUUUGGGAAAGGUUCAUUCAAUAUUGAGUGACAAAGAGAAGAAAGUGGUUUACGAUGAAACAGGAUCAUAUGAUGAGGAAGAUGAGAAGGCAGAGAGAGAUUGGAAUGAGUAUUGGAGAUUGUUGUUCAAGAAAAUCACAAUUGAAGAUAUCAACAGAUACAAGAAACAAUACCAAGGCUCAGAAGAAGAGUUAUCAGACUUGAAACGGGCCUAUACUGAUGGAAAAGGUGACAUGGACUUCAUCCUGGAAUCUGUACCGUUUAGUAAUACAGAAGAGGAGCCACGCCUUCGCUCAUUGCUGCAGGGAAUGAUUGACAGUGGGGAAGUUCCCGCAUUCCGUGCAUUCACUCACGAAACUCCUCGCAAGCGAGAGCGGAGGAAGAGGAAGUGGGAAAAAGAAGCCCAAGAGGCAGAGAAAAUGAAGGUGGAAAUGAAUAUGGAUGACGGGGAAGAAGGACUGCGAGCCAUAAUCCAGGCUAAGCACGCCCAGAGGACUGUCGACGCCGACGCGUUCUUCGACCAUCUGGCAGCGAAAUACAGUGGUGGAGGUGGUAGCGCUAAGAAGAAAGGUACGCGACAGCAGCCUGCGAGGAAGCAAGCCAAGAAGUAGUGCAGCAAUGGGCUGUGCAAGAGUGGAGUGAGGCUACAGACUGAAAACAAAUUUAUUUCUGGUGGAUUUUAUCAAUGUAUAACUUGCUAAAGCAUUGUUUAAGAACUUGUUUGACCCAAAUCUGUCACACAUAGUUUACCUUGAAUGAAAAUGUAAUUUGUGGGCCAUGUUAUACAUUUGUAAAUUUCUGAACAUUUUGAGAUAAGGUGGGUGUGUGUGUGUGGGUGUGUGUGUGUGUGUGUGUGUGUGUGUGUGUGUGUGUGUGUGUGUGUGUAACACUCAAAGAAAGACUGUCAACUGUUACUUGUACUUAUACUGCCAACUCCAACAUACUGUUCCUCUCCUUUGGUUCACAUAUACUUUGUUAAAAGUUAGUACACAGUUUUCACUUUAAAAAUGAGUUCUUAAUGUGAUUAAGUUUACCAAAAAAGCUAAAAACUGUGAUACAACUUUACUGUCCUACCAUCCACUUGGACCGCCAUCGUAUGAUUGUGCAGUGUGAGGUAGCAUUAUCUUUGUGUCUGGCUGCUUUAAGUACAAUGAAAUCUUUAAAAAGUGAUUAUUUUAAUUUGUAGUACUAGCCUUGAAUCAUUCAUGAUGAUCUGAAACAGCAAUAAGGGAUCCUUCAGAAUAAGGGGUCCUUCAAGCACCUGGGAAGUACUUGAGGUUCCACAUGUCGUGUGAAGGACAUCUAGAAAUUAGUGUCUGAAGGACACAGUACUGGAAAU